AGUAAGAUCUCCUCAUCAGGCAAUUUGUUUCUCCCCACUAGUGAGGACAGUUACAUCGUGACAGACUACGCCCUGAGGCAUCAGAUCCAGGUGGGAAACAGUAAGCCGGAGGAUGUCAACCUUUCCCCGUUGAAAAGUCCCACCAGCAUGCUGGUCUCACGUCAGGCCAACGCAAACUAUCUCUUCCGGCUGAGUUUCCAUAGCAACCACUCCCGUGAAAAGGUGGUGAGGAUCCUUGGAACAGAGUUACAGAAUGAGCGUGCACGGUGGAUCAGUUCUCUGGGCAAGAAUGACAACGAUGAAAGACUGCAUGACAGAACCAAUGUUAUCCAGGUGGAGGUGAUAAGAACUUACACGGCAAAACAACCAGAUGAGCUGUCUCUGCAAGUGGCUGAUGUGGUGUUGGUUUCCCAACAUGUCGACGGAUGGUACGAAGGGGAGCGGCUGCGCGAUGGAGAGACUGGGUGGUUUCCUGCAGAGUGCGCCGAAAAGAUCACGUGUCAGGCCACCAUUGAACGGAACAUGCAGAGGAUGGAUCGGCUGCAGGGGCUGGAGACCAACGUGUGAUGGAACCAUGAACAAGAGGGAUGUGUUUUUUCCCCCCAUGCUGAUAAAGACACUCUGAACUCUUUAAACACUGAAUGAACGGCAUCGGUUACAGAUUUACUAUUCAGUAAUUACUAAACACUGAGCACCUGUCUGAGUUUUAGACUGUUUAGCAUCAACACAGCAGGAAAAAACAGAUUCCUUUAAUUAGCGAUCCCUCCCUGAGUGGGUGGGAUGGCCUGACAGUGGGAUAUGUCACACUGAUUAAUUCUCUGGCUGGCUGAGAAAAAACUUCCCUCCCACCACAGCCAAAGCAUCUGCUUUCAACACCCUACCACAUAACAACUGUUGCUGUUAAAUUUCUACAUUUUUUUCCAACAGAUUUUUUUGUACAGUGUAAUGAAUGCAGUCCUGCUGUGGGAGGUAAAGCAAACCAAUUAGAGGGAAUUCAACAGCAGCCUUGCCGCGUGUUCAGUUAAAGAGGCUCCGGCCGGAUGAUAAAAGGCUUCACCACUAACAAUGUCGCUAUGAGCAUAAUUCUACAAGCAGGAAAUGUGUUUACAGCGUACAAAUUCUGCAUGGUCUCUACAGCUAAGCAGAUUACAUUAAAGCCAAGUGUAAACAUAGCUGUAAAUACUUAUAAGUGAUUAGAAAAUGGUACAAAUUACAGCUAGCAGGGAAGAGAGUGAUGCAUUAUGGGGUCCAGGUGAGAAGGGCCAAGUUUCUGCACUUCAAACUUGCUAUUUGUCAGUGGGUAAUGUCACCCUCAUGAAUCAGAUUGUACAUUUAUGUAUCAAGCACCAUUAUUUUCCCCAUCAAUUCUGCAGUUUGGACAGCAAGAAAUAUAGCAGUUGAUGCAAGCCGGAGAUGGGAGAGUGUAAAUAAUUCCAUGUAUAUAUCUUUUAUAAACGCAUGUGACUAAAGAAAUGAUGUGUGUGCUGUCGGUGGGAUCUGACCCCUGCUGGCCCUGCUUUUAAUGUGAUUGUCCAGUGUGUGAGUCAUCGUUUUAGUGUUGCCUGGCUGAAGGAAAAAAAAAAUAGCCUGGCCAAAGGAUGGCUUUAAUGCAAUUUAUCAAGCCAACAGAUCUGCAACCAACGACGAUGAUAACCACCACCUGAGGUUUUGGGUGCUGUGAUGUGCACACACCCAUUUGGACAUUCGGCUUUAUGUUUGCACUCAGGGAAAAAUACAACGGAUUAUUCAUGAACUGCUUCAAAUAUUUCCUUACUUUUGUAACUAUUGUAAAUAAGCUUUGCAUGUGUAAAUAUGUAAUACAAUGACACUUGUUUCCAUAAAUACAGAUUUAUAUAGGAAGAAAGGGAAAAAACAGAAUUUUAAUUAGUAUUUGCUUAAUAAAGGUUUUAAUUGCA